AUGUAUGCUUAUGUGUAUAUAAGACCUGAUAUUGCAUAUGUUGUUAGUGUUCUUAGUCGAUAUUUGUCUAACCCUAGGCCAAUGCAUUGGGUUACUGUUAAGAAAGUUUUAAGGUACUUACAAAAGACAAAAGAUUAUAUGUUGAUUUAUAAACAAGUUGAUCACCUUGAAAUAGUUGGACAUUCAAACUCAGAUUUUGUAGGUUGUUAUGAUGAUUUGAAAUCUACAUCGAGGUAUGUGUUUAUGUUUAUUGGUGGAGCUAUUUCAUGGAAAAGUGUUAAACAAACACUAAUUGCUUCUUCUACUAUGCAAGCUGAAUUUGUUGCUUAUUAUGGAGCUGCAACACGGGCAGUGUGGCUUAAAAAUUUUGUGUCUGGGCUGCUUGUGGUGGACUCCAUUUCCAAACCACUUCCAAUUUAUUAUGAUAAUAGUGCUGCUGUGUUCUUUUCAAAGAAUAAUAAGAGUAAUAGUGGUUCUAAACAUUUGGAAAUCAAAUAUCUCACUGUUUGA